GCCUGGAAGAUUACAACGAAUAUCACCGGUCUUGAACUUAGUUCCUCCAUCAGAAGCAUUGUGUUUAUUACGCUUCCAACAAGGAAGUAUGAUCGGGGCCAUGCCAGCGGUGGCUGUCCGCCACGAGCGACGCAGACAAGAAAAAAGGCUGAAGCGUCCCAGCCAGCUGUACCUAGGUGGUCAAUGGAUGCCACCGCCGCCAGGUUCGCCGCCAACGCCGAGUCCCCACGGUCCCAACAGUCACCUAGAACCCUUGCCGGAGUUGUACCUAUGCGGAAAGAUAUCCGGUCUCCACGCAGUCGUCGUAUGCCUUCUCCUCGGAGCCGUCGUCCUGGUCGUUGGUCUGGUCCAGCUGGCGCCUGGAGCGACGACGACCGAUCACAGACUCGUCCUCCUCGUAGCUGGGGCGGCUCUCCUUUUACUGGGCAUCGCCCUGGCGGGUGUCAGAUGUUACGUACUUCACUGCAUGCCUUUGCCGGCCCAGCUUUCCCCAGUGGCAACCCCCGUUCCUCCAAUUGUCACUGACCCGCCGGCAAGAGGCGGGACGCUGGACCUGCUGGUCGGUCAUCAGAAUCAAAUUAUUCACCAAAACACUCCGGAAUUGGACGCGCUGAUGCAGACGGAGAACCAGCAUCACCAUCACCAUCAUCAUCACCACCACGGUAACCACAAGAAGAAGCGAAGCUCCCAGGGCUCUCACACGGAGGAAGCCUAACGGGGCUGAUAACUGAUCGAACUAACUCCUCUGCGGCUGAUAAUAAUUUUUCGGUAUAAUCGAACGGCAGAAACAAAACUAUAGGUAAAAAAAACACACACACAGACACACGUACACAAAAUGGAAAAUAA